CCCUCACGGACUUCGCGGGAGCGCGCCUCAAAGUCCAUGAGUCCGUAAGGGCGGACAUUGGGAUUUGGCCGUUCUCUUCAGCCGUUAGUUGUGACUGGGAAGUUUAGUAAUCCUCAAACUCGCGCGAGCUAAAUCCGUGAAUCGACCGUUAGCCCACCACAGGUCUUUUGUGACUUCGUUACGGGAUCGUUACGGGAUCGUUACUGGCGGUUUAGCGGGCUAAUACAGGAAGAGGAAGAGGUCGGCUGAGGACAAUAUGUUCACCGCUGUGGUCUGCGGAGCUGCGGCGUUUCCGGGGCUUUUCUACGGCUUCAGGGUAUUCCUACGACGCUCUUUCACAGGCUGGAGUGAGGCCGACGUGGUGCGUGUCAGCGAGAGGCUGGUGUCUUCCAUACACGCAUGUUUGGCGACUGCAGCUGGAGUCACAGUUGUAACAUCCUGCAGAGAUGUGAUGACCGACAGUCACUGGCUGGUCAAUGCCUUCGUCUCGUUCGGAGCUCCCUACAUGGUCUACGACGUCUACGCCAUGUAUCUGAGCCACUACCACACUCACAGGGUCACAGGACACUCUCUUCAGACCCUGAAGGCCUUCCUCAUGAAGGACUGGAUGAUGGUCCUCCAUCACCUGGCGCUGGUGCUCAUCUUCCUGCCCAUCACUCUGUUUUUCAGGAGAGGGCUGGGAGAUUUCUUCAUCGGCUGCUUUUUCACCACAGAGUUCAGCACUCCUUUCGUCUCCAUAGCAAGGAUUCUCAUCCAGCUGGGCCUUGAUGACACCCAUCUGCACAGAAUCAACGGCGUCCUCGUCCUCCUGAGCUUCUUCACGUGUCGGAUCCUGAUCUUCCCCUACAUGUACUGGAUGUACGGCCGGCAGUUCGGGGUUCCCCUCCACAGGGUGGCCUUCCACCUGCCGCUGCACUGCAACCUGGGUAACCUGGUGAUCCUGGCUCCUCAGGUGAACUGGUUCAUCAUGCUGCUGAGGAAGGCCAACAGACUGUACCUGAGACAGAACAGAGGGACGGGAGACAAAGACAGGCCGAAGACACACUGACCCAUUCAUACAACGACCUGGUUCACAAAGAGACCAAAGAAACGACCGCAGCUAGUGAGAGAACAGGUAGUAAUGUGUGGGGAACUGUUAUUUAGAGGAUCAUUUUAAUGUUUUAUCAGAAAAAAAUGGCAACAAUUUUAGUAAUAAAGUAGUUUCAGAUUAAAGUUAAACUAUUCUGAGAAACUUGUAAUAUUUUUCAAUCAAAAUUAAAUUCUAUUCAUUCUUGAAAUUUAACUUUUUUCUGAGAAACUUAACUUUAUUUUUGCAAUUUUGACAAUAAACCAAAUAUCCUCAAACUCUUUAAAAUGUUUAACUUUAUUCUCAGAUAAUUCCUCCACUGUGGCUCUAAUAUAUAUACAGAAAUGCACUACAUCAUUAUGCGAUUUGUUUUCAGCUGUUGCUUUGUAACAAAACUUUAAAGCUUUUACUAAUUGCAGAGAAUGUUUUUUUUGUACCAAUAAAACUCUUUUUACUCGUC